AUUGCUAAAGGUCUCUAAAAGAUUGACCGGGUCGUGUUUGUCCUCUGCGCCUCUUUAAUUGUAAACGAACUAGACAUGACAGAAGGAUUUAACUCCACUUUCUGACAAUUUCAUCGAUAUGUUGGCUGAACUAGAACAGUUGGAUAAGUCUAGAGCCUGGCCACGAUUAUUUCAGAAACUCAAUUGGGAAGCGAGCCAGAAAGCUGGAGCACUAACAAUUGCAAGACUACCUGAAAACAGACAACUUAAUCGGUACAGGGAUGUUUUGCCAUAUGACCAUAGUCGCAUUGUUUUAAAGGAAGGAUCCCCAGACUAUAUCAAUGCCAACCUUGUUGAGAUAUCAAGAUUGAACAAAAAGUAUAUUUUGACCCAGGGACCCUUACCUCAUACUGCAAAGCACUUCUGGCAGAUGAUAUGGGAGCAAAACACAGCAGCCAUUAUCAUGCUUAACAAAGUAGUGGAAAAAAAUCAGGUCAAGUGUUAUGAGUACUGGCCAUGUGGAGAGGCUUAUGGCCAUUCUAAUCAGCUUGAGUUUGGUAACUUCAAAAUCAACUACCUUCAGGAAUUGCACAAUGAAUACUUCACCAUAAGAUCACUGGAACUUGAAAAUACUUUGACAAGAGAGAGACGUUCAAUACAGCAUUUUCACUAUCUGACAUGGCCAGACUUUGGAGUGCCCACCUCACCUGCUACUUUCCUUGCUUUCCUGUUUGAAGUGCGCAGGGCAGGAGUGAUGUCUAAUGAUAUGGGACCCUGUGUAAUUCACUGCAGUGCUGGUAUAGGAAGAUCUGGAACAUUUGUCAUGGUGGAUUCAGUUCUGACAGAAAUUGAGCAUGAGGAAGACAUGAAUCAGAUAGAUAUCCAAGCCAUGUUACUAGAGAUACGGCAAUACAGAGUUGGUCUUAUUCAAACACCAGAUCAACUGCGCUUUACAUACCUUGCCAUUUUAGAAGGUGUACGUGUUCUAAUGCCCGAGAUAUAUCAGAGAGCUGCAAACCAUCACUUACAACCAAAUACUGGUGAAGACCAGGAUGGUGAAGUGAGAGCAAAUAAAAGAGAUGAUGCAAGCCAUCAGGAGGGGGAAGAAGAGGAGACACCACCUCCAUUACCACCACGAAGAAGGCAUGCUGACACUGCUCAUGAACCAGAGAAUAAAAAGAGUCGUAUAGAGUCAAAAGCAGAGGUUGGAGAGGUGUUUUCAGACAGUGGUAGUGAUGAGUCAGAUGAAAUCAUCAACCUGUCUUCUUUGUCAGAAUCAGAGCCUGAUGUUGACAUUAUUCAACGAAGGGAAAGCUUAGAUGAUUCAAGAGAUGAUGACAACUCAAAGGAACGAAGCAAACUAUCCCCUGUGCAUGCUGAGUUGCUUUUUAAAGAUGAUAAAUUACAGCAAACAGAGAAGGGUCUUCAGAUAACUGAUGAGUGGUCUAAACCAAAAGAUGUGCCUCAAUCAACUGCUGUAGAGAGUCAGCUUACCAAGGGAGGUACUCUCCACACAAAAGACAAGGAGGACCCCAAACCAGUAGGUGAAGGGGUUCUUCUCUUGUUGGAUGAUGGAGGUUGCAAUGCCAAGGAACACUGUAAAAACACAGGGAAUGGCUGCAAACCUUCAAACCAAGGAUGCAAAGAUAUAACAGGAAGUCUCAAAACUUCCGAUGAAGGGUUGACAUCAACAAGUGAAGGUCAAAUAAAAGAGAAUGCAAGUGGAAUGGAAGUACGUAAGCGAAGGGAAGAACGUAGGAAAAAGACGACUGAUUUGAUUGAAAAAAUAAAGAAGAAUGUCAAGCAAAGUGAAGAUACAAAAGUGUGGAACUUCAGAGUGAUGGUAUCAGGAGGGAUCCUGUUAGGAUGUACAGUAGCAUACUUGGCUUACAGAUACUUCACUAAUGGCUAACUUUUUUUUUUCUUCAAUGGAAUCACACUGAAGUGACUUUUCUUUUAGUUCUUCUCAAGGGUUGUUUCUCUUUUCAAUUGGGUGAUCAUUUUGAAUAUUGUCCUUUUUGAACCUAUUAGUAAACAUUUAAUACUUCUUUUUUUUACACAUUUUAAGAUACCUUAAAUCAUAUCCAUAUGACAGGGCCAAACAAUGACAGUGUGUUAUGAAAGAUACUGCAUGUGGAGCUUUGAUUUCUUAUGUUGUCGGAAAGUUGCAGCAACAAUGCGGAAAACAUGUUUUAUCUCGAACCCCAAAGUAAUCUGUACUUGUAUGAGUUGUGGUUCAAUUUUAUUUUUUGUAUUUUGUUUUAAAAAUGAAAUACACUGAAAUUAUAAUAAGAGAAAAAAGUCACAUUUAAAGCAAGAAUGAAUAUGAACUACCAGGUAUGCAUAUGCCAAAGGUCAGAUUUUCCAAAAGACUUCUAAAUUUCCUUUAACAGCAGUAAUUUGUAGUUGUUAUACAAGAGUCAGUAAACAUUACAAUGUAUGUGCUUUCCAAAAUGGUCCAAAAUUUCCUUAGUACACUUACUGUAUGUGUAGACUUCUCAGCUAGUUACUAUACUCUGAGUUGAAUUUUCUUUACUUUAUUAAUACUGUAUUUCACCAAUAAUUAUUCAAUUCAUCAUUUUUUUCUUUUUGAAAGUUAUAUGGUUUAUUUUUUAAAAAGGAAGAUCAAUUUUAGAGGUGCAAAUCUUCUGUUUCAUUAACAUUGAAUAUUUAAAUCAUUGUAAAAAGUCUUUGUUGGUUGAGGAAAAACAUAAUGGCAUUUUACGUGUAAUCUCUUACUUUAUAAAUGUAAAGUACCAAUGUAAUUUUUCUCAGAAAAAUGUAAUAUUCAAGGAAGGUUGAGAAAAAAAAGGAGAUCUAAAUCUGGUUUGUUGUUGGUGAAGUGCUCCUGAUUUUUGUGUUUCAUGUUUUGGAGGCAUGAUGCAUGUUUCAUGUUUUGGAGGCAGGAUGGAAAGAAAUUAAAACUUUUGGUGAUUGUUGGUAUCAAGGUUAUUUUGCUGACUAGGACAUCAUUUUGUUUUUUAACUUUAAUGAGCUGUAAUAUGUUAGAGUUGACAAAAAGUAUUCUUAAUUUCCCAGAAGAAAACUGUUGUUUGUUAAUAUUGUUAUAAAUAGUAUAACUUACAGUAAUUUGUGUAAAAUCAAUUCUUAAUUUUAUCACGAUGUUGAUGUAGAUUCUUUUUAUACUCACUUUGCAUGAAUUUUGCAUUAAAUGAUUGUGAAAGCCUUGUUUAUCUC